AUACGUUGGAACUGAGAACGCCCCGUUUCGAUUCGUUUCCGUUGAUGGGGUGGAAGAAUUAGAUCUCUAGAAAAUUAGAAAUGGUAAUGCUCGGAUGUUAAUUCAACUACAUCCAUAACAGAAGCAUUUUCAGAGCUCUUUUCUCCAUCUACCUUGCCCUAUCCCAAAGAAAUAACAGUAAGUUGUGUCAUUACUUUCUGUAGUGGGCUUGUGUCUCGCACCGAUUUCGCCGCGAUUUUUCUUGCUGUGAAAUGAGGAAAAAUAAUAUUUGUGUACUCGAUGUAGGCUUAUGUAUAUUGCACAGACUGUCAGAUUCUGUACACAGGAGAGAUGCAUUUUAUGCUCCUCUUCAGCAGACAAGGCAAGCUCAGGCUUCAAAAAUGGUAUUGUGCAUACCCAGAGAAGCAGAAGAAGAAAACAACACGAGAGCUGAUAGCAACAGUGCUUUCAAGAAAAGCAAAGAUGUGCAGCUUUUUGGAGUGGAAAGACUUGAAGAUUGUGUAUAAGAGGUAUGCGUCUCUGUACUUCUGCUGCGCUAUCGACAGCGACGACAACGAGCUGCUUACGCUGGAGAUUAUACACCGAUACGUGGAGCUGCUCGACAAGUACUUCGGCUCGGUAUGCGAGCUGGACAUUAUCUUCAACUUCGAGAAGGCGUUCUUCAUGCUGGACGAGCUGCUGCUCGGCGGCGAGAUCCAGGAGACCAGCAAGAAGAACGUGCUGAAGGCCAUCACGGCACAGGACCUGCUCCAGGAGGAGGACGCGGCGGACAAUAUAAUGAACGACUUAGGCAUUAUUUAGGCUCCUGCCGGGGGCUGUGUUUCGCAGUGUAAUGUCUUCACGUUUUGUGAACGCUGAUACGCGGGCGAACCCGUCUGUUCUUAUUCCCGCACUGCGCACGAAUACAUUCCCUGCCGCUGCUGCUGUCUCGCCUAGUGCCGGCUUUUCUCUCUGUCGCGCCUGCUCUUCGCUGUGUGGACGUUCAUUAUUGAGUUGUUUUGGCCAUCAAUAUCUACAUGUAGUGUAUCUUCUAAUUGCAUGGUAUUCAUAUUAACUACCUGUUUUCCUUGGAAUAUAGCGCACGGAUAUGGACUCUGUUUUAUUUACUGGUUGCAAGCUGUACUAAUAUGUUGUUAUGCAGUACCUGUAUAUCAGCAUGCAUUUAUCAUGAUAGGGUGCUAUACAAGUGACACUUGGUGUUGAGACUUUACCUGCGUAGAAACAGGCUGUCUACAAACGAGCUGUGCCGUCUUCAUACGAGCCAAAAAUGCAUGCCACGCUACUGUGUAAGUCUCAGCAUAGAAUUUCGUUUCGUAGUUUGUACCAUUUUCUUCGAUCUAUCGUGGCGAGCAAUAAAGCAUGUCCAGUUUACCUUG